AUGGCUUUGGAAGUAUUGCAGAUGCUUCGCGACCAGCCAGGCGUCCAACCGAAUGUUGUCUGCUUUGGCGCCGGGAUUACAGCUUGCGCGAAAGGUCGUCACUGGCAGGGCGCUUUCGCUCUGCUCGACGAGCUCCGAGAAAGAGCAUUGGAUCCAGAUCUGAUAGCUUUCAACGCAGCCAUCACGGCCUGUGAGAAGGCCCAACGCUGGGAGUUCGCCCUUGAGCUGCUGAUGAUGAUGAUGAGCUCACAUGUGGUGACACCCGACAUCGUUUCUUUCAAUGCUGCAGCUUCUGCUUGCGAAAAACGCAGCCAGUGGUGUUGGGCAUUGUGGGUUGCCUCGCAGACGAGGUACUUGCCAAAGUUGCAAGGCUCGGUUUUGCUCACCAUCAGCAAUGCUUGCAUCAGUGCUUGCGCGAAGGCACGACGGUUGCGCAAAGCCUUGGCGCUGGGGCUGAAUGUGCAAACGCCGGACAAGGUGACCUACAACGGUCUCGUGGCGGCCUGCAGAAGCAGGGGCGGUGAGUAUUGGGAUAUGAUCUUUACCUUGAUGCGGCAGAUGCAGAGACGGCGAGUUGCCCCUGGUGCCGACGUUUUCGGCGCUGCUGCCGAUGCGGCUCUCGAGGCUGGGCAGCCACUCUUUGCGAGGCCGGUGAUGAAGCACCUUGAGCAAUGCUGUCU